AUGGCUUAUUACAUGGAGUUGCAUUAUUUUUGGUUACUUUUGGCCGCAUUAGAUCAAACAAUCAUUGCUACCGCUUUACCUAGUAUAGUUUCCGAUUUUAAUGGGUUGGAUCAAAUGGCAUGGGUCGCAACUUCUUAUCUACUCACAUUGACUUCAUUUCAACCAAUCUAUGGAAAAUUAUCUGAUAUUUUUGGUCGUAAAGCAACAUUCUUAUUUGCAAUUUCUAUUUUUGAAUUGGGCAGUUUAUUAUGUGGUAUUGCUAACAACAUGGUUUCAUUGAUAAUAUACCGUGCAAUCGCUGGUGUUGGAGCUGGUGGUAUCUUUGGACUUUCUUUGAUUAUUAUUGCUGACAUUGUCAGCGCUAAAGAUCGGGGAAAAUAUCAAAGUAUUAUUGCCGUGUGCUUUGGAGUUGCUUCCGUGGCUGGACCGCUCAUGGGUGGUGCUUUUACUGAUCAUCUUAGUUGGAGAUGGUGCUUCUUCAUUAAUCUUCCUCUAGGUGCAAUAGCAGUAAUCAGUGCAAUUGUUUUUCUUCACAUGCAAAGGCCAACUGGUUCAGUAAUCGAAAAAUUUUAUAGAAUUGAUUUCCUUGGCAUAAUCAUAAUGACUACAUCGACUAUUUGUCUCUUAUUACCACUUAAUUGGGGAGGUAGUACUUAUGCAUGGGAUAGUCCUGUGAUCAUAGGGCUUUUUUGUGCCGGCGCAGUUGGAUAUAUAAUAUUUGGUCUUGUUGAAAGCUACGUCGUUAAUGAGCCUGUUGCUCCACCAACACAAGCCGGAUUAGAUUACAUGCCCUAUGUUAUUGGCAUCACAGCAUUCUCAUAUCUAACUGGUCUAUUUUUCUCUCAAACAGAUAAAGUGUCGUAUCGAUGUGUAACUUUAGUUGCUGCAACAUUAAUAAUGACCGGUGCUGGUUUAAUCACUACGUGGAAUGAAAACACCGGAUAUGGUGAAUUUAUAGGGUAUUUGGUAAUUGGUGGUGCUGGAAUUGGUGCAAGUAUCCAAUCUAUUACAUUAUGCGUUCAAGAAUUGGUUGAGCGCAAGGAUAUAGCUUCUGUUACUACUUUGGCAUUAUUUUUUAGAAGUAUUGGAGCUGUCUUUGGAACUACAAUAACCGGAACAAUAUUUAAUAAUAAGCUUUCACAAGCAUUAAGUACAUUAACUUUACCUCCAACUUUUGCAGCAAAAUCUGUAUAUACUAUAAGAUUAUUACCAGCUGAAAUACAGCCUUCAGUUAUUCACGCUUAUGUAUUAGCAUUUCAAUUCGUUUUUUAUUUUAUAAUACUUUAUUGUGUAUUAAUGUUUAUUUUAGCUAUAUUUAUGGGAAAUCUUAAACCUAAGUUUAGAGAAAGUGAUGAAAAACAUGCUACAUUUGAAUAA